CGCAAAAUGGGCCUGAGCUCUUCCAAGGCUCACCCCAAGGUGACCAAGGUGGCACCAAUGCGUGCCGGGGAGGAUCUGCCGGCUCUUGCCACCCGGUACCAGCUCCCCGCCGUGGCAGAGUGGGGAAACCCCAAUUUUCACCAACAACUUCCACCUCUCCGGGAGACUUGGUACAGGAGAGCCUCUGCAGGGCCCCUUUCUUUCAACACUGUGCCGGAAAAGAGAAAAACCAGCAUCAUUAAACAGCACCCACCUCGAAGACCUCAAAGGCUUGAACCAGCUGGCCCUCCGCAAACAAUUGCUCCUGCAAAGCCCUGGAGUCAUCAAGAUGUGGAUGCAAGCCCAAAAACAAAGGGUUUGGAGAAGAGGGGCCAAAGCCUGAUACCCCUCCCUGGCAGGCGGCAGCACUUGCACAAGCUGCAGAUGCUGGACUUGACGCGCAGGCGCCGAGAGGCAGAGCUGAAGCGCAAUCUCCACAGGGAGACAAAAAUCCAUAAACAAAAAAUCAAGGAAUUCAGCCCAAAGAAAGUCCUUGACACUCUCCAGAGAUGCGACAGCGCCGAAAGCCGAGACCGAAACACAUGGGGUGAAGGACUCUCCAGACAGCAUGACGGAGCUGAAUUCUCCCCGGGCAGGAGCAGGAAGGUUGACCUGUGGUUCUGCAGGGAGCCACGGACAAGGGAUCUGUUCUGGGACACCUCCAGCACAAGCUCUGAGGAGUGGGAAAGGGAAGAUAAGAUUUACUGCAAACAUGCACUUGUGAGAACCAAGACGGAGAGAGUUUCUCUCUUCGAUGACUUCUUUGAUAGGGAUUUCUAG